CUCGCCCCCUCCCGAUAUUCCGAUCUAAAGGAAGUUCUCGCACUUGGCUCUCUCUCUCUCUCUCUGUCCUCUGUUUCUAGGGUUCGCCCUCUUCGCAGUGCUCUUCUCUGUUUCUAGGGUUGCGAUCGGGGCUCGUUCCUCCUCUCGACGCAUCCAAAGAUGAAGCUCACUGUGAAAACGUUGAAGGGGAGCCACUUCGAUAUCCGGGUUCAGCCCGGCGAUACGAUAAUGGCCGUGAAAAAGAAUAUUGAGGAGGUACAGGGAAAAGAUAAUUAUCCAUGGGGGCAGCAAUUGUUGAUUCACAAUGGAAAGGUCUUGAAAGAUGAGAGUACAUUGGAAGAGAACAAAGUUAGUGAAGAUGGAUUUCUUGUCGUCAUGCUUUCUAAGAGCAAAACUUCAGGUUCAACUGGAGCCUCGUCUGCUGCUCAGCCUCCAGCUACAGCUCCAGCUCCAGCUCCUCAUCCUGCUUCUAGCAACCCUCCUGCACAAGCUCCGGCCUCAACAAACCCUGCAACUAGCACCGAAAGAGCAACAACAGAGACUGCUGAUGCUUAUGGUCAAGCUGCAUCCAACUUAGUUGCAGGGACUGAUAUGGAGCCAGUGGUUCAGCAAUUGAUGGAUAUGGGUGGUGGGAGCUGGGACAAAAAUACUGUUGUGCAUGCACUUCGUGCUGCUUACAACAACCCAGAGCGUGCUGUGGAAUAUUUAUAUUCUGGUAUUCCUGCUACGGCAGAAGUUGCUGUUCCAGUUGGUAACAUUUCGUCAGAUCAAGCAUCUGGUCAGGGGGCAAACACGACUGAGACAACUACAGCUCAGGCCUCACCACUAUCUGCGAUACCAAAUUCUGCACCUUUAGAUAUGUUUCCGCAGGGGACUCCAAGUGUCGGUGCAGUUGCUGGGGAUGGAUCUUUGGAUUUUCUGAGACAUAAUCGACAGUUCCAAGCAUUGCGUGCGAUGGUUCAAGCAAAUCCACAAAUAUUACAGCCCAUGCUUCAAGAGCUCAGUAAGCAGAACCCUCAACUUCUAAGGUUAAUCCAAGAGCAUCAUGCCGAGUUUCUCCAGUUAAUAAAUGAACCUGUUGAAGAUAUUGAGGGGGAUCUAUUCGAUCAGCCUGAGCAGGAGAUGCCCCACACCAUCAGCGUUACACCUGCUGAGCAAGAGGCAAUUGCACGAAUUGAAGCAAUGGGCUUCGAUCGGGCACGUGUCAUAGAAGCAUUCUUAGCUUGUGACAGGAAUGAGGAGUUGGCUGUAAAUUAUUUACUAGAACAUGCAGGUGAUGAAGAGUAAAGGUUAGCUGGAAGACCAUCAAUGGAUUUGAACUAUAUUCCUGGAAGAUUGGCAUAACUUUGUUGCAGUACCUUGAAGAUGGGUCAUUAUGCAUUUCUGAUGAUGGCAAUGGAGUCCGAGUUGUUUCCAUGGGCCAACUAUCCAUCUCGUGAAUGCCCAAUGAUUAAAUGAUAGCGGAUGGGAUUUAGCAACAUUGCUUUUAAAUAGUCUCUAUAUUGUUAUCUCAUAACUUCAUAGUUGCAGCUUCUUUAAUCCAAUUGUCCGCCAUUUUUCUCAGGUUAUUUGAUUUUCUAUUCUGCAAUUGGGAUGUAACAUGGGGAGCGUAUAGAUUGAGAUCUGGGAGAAAAAGAUUUAUGUGGAUUGUCUUUAAUUGAUACUUAUUUAUUAAAGGAGUUUUUUUUUGGUAUA